CGACAAUUAGUUAAUCUAUUUUUUCUAAUUAAUUAAUCUAUGAUUAAUCUUUAUUGCAGUCCAAAACUUUUUUAAACUUUAAACAUACUUUCUACCGGGACGUUAUCGAAUAAUUGUCACUGUGAUUAAUGAAUGACGAGUGGGUGGUCAAUACAACAGCUGGGAGAAACUGAGAUGGAUGUACUGACGAGGUAAGAAGUACGUGGAUAAUUUACUUCAUAAGCAGCCGAACACCAGUUGGAGGUGUAGACGCUGACAUCGGUUCAUCCCCGUCGUAGUGGUCAUUAAGCUACUGUAAGGGCAAGGGUGAGUACACAUCAAGAUUUGUUUCGUUCCUGUACUUUUAUCUGUAAGUUUAUAAUAAGUUAUUUUUUUAACGUUAUCAUUUGUUAACACUUUAUCCUUUGUGAUUAAAUGUAAUGUCAAAAAUCAACAUCCUUGAUGUCUAUAAGUUGCAGCUUUUGGCACGGAAUAAUAAAAAGUGUGCAAACACAACGCAUAUUUUUCAUUAUUAUUGUGUGUUCGGGAAUAACACAGAGACACCUAAAAUCCGUUGUCUCAAAUUUUAGACUUGUCAUAAACCCUUACAACCCUCUUUUACAUUGUGAAUUGUGUUUCCCUGCGGUAGUGCGUACGGUCGUCUCAAAACAAUUUCAUACGAAAUGCCACAUUAGGAAAAGUCGUAAGCGUGCCGUCGAGCUAAUUCUCUUUAAGCCCUCCCCAAAGCCGGUCAGUCCGACACUGUGUUCGCACACAUUUCACACGAUCGACUUUCUCGGGAGUGAGGGUGGUAAAAUUUACCUCCUAAUAUCUUCCCCCUUCCAACACACAACGUUUUGCAAAGUAGCUGGGGCGAAACGGUUGCUUUGGAGCAGCUUCUCAGGGCUGCACAGUAAGAAUUAUCGGCAAGAGGUUACCCCUAACUGUUUCAUAGGACAGGCUUAUCUGUAUAUGGACUGUUUGCUUUAAGAAUCAAUUCGACAUUACUUAACAUGUAAUUGAUGGAAUGUUGUCCUCGGUCCAAAAUAUAUCUAAAAUUAUUUAAAAGUGCUUAUUCCAAACUACGUUUUGGCUCGUUAAUGAAAAGACACUACACACAUUGUCUUUAGCUUUGAAUAAAAUAAAUACUCUUCAGAAUGUAUCUGUUGUUAUUGAACAAUGCUACUUAAGUAAAUAACUGCAGCGAAUCCGAAAUUCCCCUUCUUUUAAAUGUAAUAAGUAUUCCAAGCUGAAGAUUAUUUAACUUGAAAAACUGAUUAUUUAUCGGUUUCUGGCAUCAUUUAGUCAGAAGGGGAUACACUAAAAUAGUGGAUUUAAAGAGAUCGGAAGAUUAUUGAAGUUUGAUAACAAAUACUUUGAGGUUAUCAAAUGUUUUCUAUCAGGUAAUGGAAAUGAAAUUGAUGUUUAGAAUUGCUGUCUUGAUCGUCUGCUGCAUGAAUAUUGGCCUGGGACACUCGGGAAUCCCUUGUUGGGUCUGUCGGAUAAAUAAUCAGGUGUGUAUACAUUUAUCGGUCAUGUCAAUGGUGAUGUAAGUAGUAUAUGAUCUGUCACGUCAAUUGUUAUGUGAGUAGUAUAUGCUCUGUCAUGUCAAUGGUGAUGUAAGUAGUAUAUGAUCUGUCACGUCAAUUGUUAUGUGAGUAGUAUAUGCUCUGUCAUGUCAAUGGUGAUGUAAGUAGUAUAUGAUCUGUGAUAUUUAUGUUAUGAAAGUAAAAUAUGAUAUAUUGUGUCCAUGGCCAUGUAAGUAGAAUAUAAUCUAUCAUGUCCAUUGUGAUGUUAAUAGUAUAUGAUCUGUCAUGUCAAUGGUGAUACAAGUAGUAUAUGAUCUGUCAUUUCAAUCGUUAUUUAAGUAGGAUCUGAUCUGUCAUGUCAAUGUUGAUGUAAGUAGUGUAUGAUCUAUUGUGCCCAUGGUCAUGUAAGUAGUGUAUGAUCGAUCAUAUCACUGAUGAUAUAAUUGGUAUGUGAUCUGUCAGGUCACUGGUGAUAUAAGUAAUAUAUGAUAUGUUAUGUCCUUGGUCAAGUAAGUGAUAUAUAAUCUUUCAAGUCACUGGUGAUAUAAGUGGUAUAUGAUACGUCAUGUCAGUGGUUAUAUCACUAGAAUAUGAUCUUUCAUGUCAAUGGUGGUGUAAGAAGCAUAUGAAAUGUCAUGACCGAUGUGCUCUAAGUAGCAUGUUCUCUGUUAUGUCCAUGGUGAUGUAUGUAGUAUAAGAUUUAUGUCGAUGGUGAUGUAUGUAGUAUAAGAUUUGUGUUGAUGGUGAUGUAUGUAGUAUAAGAUUUAUGUCCAUGGUGAUGUAUGUAGUAUAAGAUUUAUGUCGAUGGUGAUGUAUGAGGUAUAAGAUUUAUGCCCAUGGUUAUGUAUGUAGUAUAACAUGUAUGUCCAUGGUGAUGUAUGUAGUAUAACAUUUAUUUCCAUAGUGAUGUAUGUAGUAUAACAUUUAUGUCCAUGGUGAUGUAUGUAGUAUAACAUUUAUGCCCAUGGUGAUGUAUGUAGUAUAACAUUUAUUUCCAUAGUGAUGUAUGUAGUAUAACAUUUAUGUCCAUGGUGAUGUAUGUAGUAUAACAUUUAUGUCCAUGGUGAUGUAUGUAGUAUAACAUGUAUGUCCAUGGUGAUGUAUGUAGUAUAACAUUUAUUUCCAUAGUGAUGUGUGUAGUAUAACAUUUAUGUCCAUGGUGAUGUAUGUAGUAUAACAUGUAUGUCCAUAGUGAUGUAUGUAGUAUAACAUAUAUGUCCAUGGUGAUGUAUGUAGUAUAACAUUUAUUUCCAUGUUGAUGCAUGUAGUAUAACAUUCAUGUCCAUGGUGAUGUAUGUAGUAUAACAUGUAUGUCCAUGGUGAUGUAUGUAGUAUAACAUUUAUUUCCAUAGUGAUGUAUGUAGUAUAACAUUUAUGUCCAUGGUGAUGUAUGUAGUAUAACAUUUAUGUCCAUGGUGAUGUAUGUAGUAUAACAUUUAUGUCCAUGGUGAUGUAUGUAGUAUAAGAUUUAUGUCCAUGGUGAUGUAUGUAGUAUAACAUGUAUGUCAAUGGUGAUGCAUGUAGUAUAACAUUUAUGUCCAUGGUGAUGUAUGUAGUAUAACAUUUAUGUCCAUGGUGAUGCAUGUAGUAUAACAUUUAUGUCCAUGGUGAUGUAUGUAGUAUAACAUAUAUGUCCAUGGUGAUGUAUGUAGUAUAAGAUUUAUGUCGAUGGUGAUGUAUGUUGUAUAAGAUUUAUGUCGAUGGAAAUGUAAGCAGUUGAUUCUCUGGCAUGUCUGUUUUGAUGUAAACAGUAUAUGAUCUGUAAUGUACGUGGUGAUGAAAGCAGUAUAUGAUAUGUAGUGUACGUGGUGAUGUAAGCAGUAUAUGAUCUGUAAUGUACGUGGUGAUGUAAGCAGUAUAUGAUCUGUUAUGUACGUGGUGAUGUAAGUAGUAUAUGAUAUGUAAUGUACCUUGUCAUGUAAACAGUGUAUGAUCUGUAAUGUACGUAGUGCUGUAAGCAGUUUAUGAUCUGUAAUGUACGAGGUGAUAUAAGCAGUAUAUGAUAUGUUAUGUACGUGGUGAUGUAAGUAGGAUAUAAUAUGUAAUGUACGUGGUCAUGUAAACAGUGUAUGAUCUGUAAUGUACGUAGUGAUGUAAGCAGUAUAUGACCUUUAAUGUACGUGGUGAUGUAAGCAGUAUAUGAUCUGUAAUGUACGUGGUGAUGUAAGCAUUAUAAUAUGAUUUGUAGUGUAUGUUGCGAUGUAAGCAGUAUAUGAUCUGUAAUGUACGUUCUCAUGUAAGCAGUAUAUGAUCUGUAAUGUACGUGGUGAUUCAAUCAGUAUAUAAUCUGUUAUUUCUACGCUGAUAGAAUGAGUGUAUAUAAAAACUACUUCUAGUACAUCCCACAACCCUUACCUUCCCUCGAUUGACCAGACUUUAAUGAGGUCAGCUCAACCUUUGGACACAUGGUAGGUCGAUCGCUCUCCUCUUUUUGCAAUACUAGCCAUCGAUUUUUCUAGUUAUAUCCUCCCCUGCCCAUCCCUGGGAAGGGCAGAUACCAUGCAUGCCCAUUGUCUGCCCAUUAUCUGCCCAUUGUCUGCCCACGCAGGAUCACGCAAUUGAUGAAGUAUUCCACGUUGGCGCUGACUCCUUAGUCAGUGUACAUUACAGACAUGUCGGGUAGAGCCCCAAUUGUUAUAGUUUUUUUUUAUAUUUCAUAAAGUUAUUAAUAAGUUGUUGUUUUUUAGUUAUAAGCCAUAUACUUGUUAAUAAUUUAUAGAGUCGUUUCAUACACGUAUAUUUUAUAUACAUUUUAACUUCCUUCUGUUUGUUGCAUCUACACGUGUCACUUGACCCAUCAUCAGACGUUUUCUAUUGGUGAGUCGGUGGGGACAGUUAUUGAUGGCUGUAACAAUUGUUGGUGUCGCAAAACAGGUUUUGGAUGUACAGAAAUGGGUUGUUUAAAGCAACCCCUGGAUUGUGAGAUGCAGGGAAUGGUUCGUAAUGUAAUAUUUUUCCAAUUAACUUCAUAUAUAUAUAUAUAAAUACAUAUAUAAUUAUUAAUUAACUUGAAAUGUGCAUCAUAACUAAGUUUUAAAUUUCUCAUGACACUGAAAGUAUAUUGUAUUAGCCAUUAAUUUAAUAGUGUGAUGUUAGAAUAUUGCCGACAAAUUCCAAAUAAUCCACAAAUUUAAACACAUUUUUUUUUCAAUGUGAGUAAGUAAAAAUUACAUUUAUUUAAUAAAUAUUCGUUAAAUCAAAGCUAUAAUAAUACUUUUUUCAUAGUGAACAAAUAUAUGUGUUGAAAAUGUGAAAUUUUUGUAUCAUAUGUAUCAUUGAACGUACAGCACUACAAAGACAAUGAAAUCGUCCCAUCUGACGAUUGCCUGGAAUGUCGUUGCAGGAAUGGCAACCUGGCUUGUACCGGCUGCCUAGAUUGAAUUAUGGCCGCUGGCUUUUUUUUUUUUUUUUUGUCAGAUAAGAUAAAUGUAGAAUCAAGUUAUUGCUACUAUCCUUUA